GUACUUGCACCCUCACACACCCUCUCCCGAGAACCAGAAGUCGGUUGGGUGUUUAUAUAAUGAAGAAUUAUGGGGCUGUUUGAUCGAGGUGUUCAAAUGCUUUUAACCACCGUUGGUGCUUUCGCUGCCUUCAGUCUGAUGACCAUAGCUGUGGGAACCGACUAUUGGCUCUACUCCAGAGGGGUUUGCAAGACCAAAAGUGUCAGUGAGAAUGAAACCAGCAAAAAGAACGAGGAAGUUAUGACCCAUUCUGGAUUAUGGAGAACCUGCUGCCUAGAAGGGAACUUCAAAGGUCUCUGCAAGCAAAUUGAUCACUUCCCAGAGGAUACAGAUUACGAAGCUGACACAGCAGAAUAUUUCCUCCGGGCCGUGAGAGCCUCGAGCAUUUUCCCGAUCCUGAGUGUGAUCCUGCUCUUCAUGGGUGGACUCUGCAUCGCAGCCAGCGAGUUCUACAAGACUCGACACAACAUCAUCCUGAGCGCCGGCAUCUUCUUCGUGUCCGCAGGUCUGAGUAACAUCAUUGGCAUCAUAGUGUACAUAUCUGCCAAUGCCGGAGACCCCUCCAAGAGCGACUCCAAAAAGAAUAGUUACUCGUAUGGCUGGUCCUUCUACUUCGGGGCCCUGUCCUUCAUCAUUGCCGAGAUGGUCGGUGUGCUGGCCGUGCACAUGUUUAUCGACCGGCACAAACAGCUGCGGGCCACGGCCCGCGCCACGGACUACCUCCAGGCCUCUGCCAUCACCCGCAUCCCCAGCUACCGCUACCGCUACCAGCGCCGCAGCCGCUCCAGCUCCCGCUCCACCGAGCCCUCACACUCCAGGGACGCCUCCCCCGUGGGCCUCAAGGGCUUCAACACCCUGCCGUCCACGGAGAUUUCCAUGUACACCCUCAGCAGGGACCCCCUGAAGGCCGCCACCACGCCCACCGCCACCUACAACUCCGACAGGGAUAACAGCUUCCUCCAAGUUCACAACUGUAUCCAGAAGGAGAACAAAGACUCUCUCCACUCCAACACAGCCAACCGCCGGACCACCCCCGUAUGAAGCCAGGGGCCUCGCCUGCCGGGUCCCAGGUCCCAGGCCGAGCCCUGAGUGGGGGCGCGGCCCGCGGGGUGGGGUGGGG